AUGCAAAAGAAGAUUUUGCCAGCUCAGACUUCUACAAAACAGCUUUUAGGAAAGUCUGUGGCUGUAAGGCCAAAAUUCUCACCUUCUGAGAGGUACAGGGGACCAGGUUUCACUCGGAAGAUGGCACAAAAUCCAGAGCCUUUACUGUCAAAACCACCCCGUAUACCUCCACAGUCAGCACUUCCCUCAAAGGAAGUGCUAGCAGAGUUUAUUGAAACAUACAAGCAGGGUAAAAUAAACCCAGUAUCUGCCUUGUAUCAGUUUGCACAAAUGCACUGCGUACAACUUGAAUUGAAAGAAACUAGCGCGCCAGGCAAUGUCAUAAGUCUUUAUUUUGCCUUUUGUGCUGUGUUGAAUGGUGUUUGCUACAAGACUGGAUUGGGAAAAAACAAGAAGGAAGCUAAAUUCAAUGCAGCUAAACUGGCUCUUGAUGAGAUACUUGAGUUGGAGUAUGCAGGGGCAAUGACUUCUGACAAGUCAGGUCCUCCCUGUAUUCCUGUUGAGCCUGAAGCUCCAGCAAAGUCCGCUUAUGUUUCAAGGAUCUGUUUUGAAGGAAGACGGCUUAUAUAUCAAAAAUUUUCACAAAUGUUGGAAAGACUAUUUAACAGCCUGACUACCAAAUACCCGGAGUACCAAAGUUGUGGCAGUUCACUGGCUGCCUUCAUCAUUGAAAAAGGUGGACGGUAUGAAAUUGUAGCUCUAGGAACAGGAGAAUGUAAUUACAGUAAGGACUAUCAACCCUGUGGAAGAGUGUUACACGACAGCCAUGCCAUCGUUACUGCAAGGCGUUCUCUCCUUAGAUAUUUUUAUAGACAUCUUAUGCUGUUCUAUAAUAAAAAUCCAGCACGCACAGAGAAAUCCAUAUUUUGCACAGCGCCUGGCUCAAAGCUGCUUGUCCUGAAACAAAAUACAAAUAUCUUUCUCUAUAUGAAUCAGCUGCCAAAAGGAUCUGCACAGUUAAAAUCACAGUUACAUCUCAAUCCCCAAUCUAUGUCUGCUUAUGAAGCUAGUGAAGAACUGAGUCUCCAUGUUGCUGUAGAAGGCAGGAUUUACCUUUCGGUUUGUUGUCCACCUAAAACUGUUAGAGCAAGGAGCAUGUCAGCCACUGACAAAUUAACAAAAUGGGAAGUGGUUGGUAUUCAGGGGGCGUUGCUGAGUCACUUCAUUGAACCAGUUUAUAUCAACAGUAUUCUUGUAGGAAAUGGAAAUUGCAAGGAUACGAGAGGGUUAGAAAUAGCUAUAAAACAGCGUAUUGAUGAUGCACUCACAGUGGAGCUUCCCAUGCUUUAUGUGGUCAACAGAUCUCAUAUUUAUUUGGUGAACGCUGCACAGCCGAUUCAGAUGGAUAUGAAACACAGGUCUCUUAGUUUGAAUUGGUCGCUGUCAGAUGCAUCAGUGGAGAUUGUGGAUGGAUUAAAUGGAAAAACCGCUGAAAGUUCACCGUUCAAAAGUGGUACUUACAUGGCAAGUCGUCUUUGCAAGGCGGCAAUGCUUAGUCGUUUCAAAUUGCUGGCUAAGGAAGCGGAAAGAAAUGAUUUACUUCAAAUUGCUACAUACCACGAAGCUAAGGUUCAGUCUGAAUCGUAUCAAGAAGCUAAAAAGUUGCUGCACAGCUACUUAGAGCAACAUGGUUAUGGAUCCUGGAUUGUGAAGUCUCCGCAUAUAGAGCAGUUCAUUGACUAA